CAGCCCCGCGCCCCGGCCGCACCACGUGUCCGCUGCCCUUCGCCGGCACCCGCAAAGAUUCGGUUUCCCCCUUCCCGGGCCGCUGUAAUUGUAAACCGCCGGGAGCCCGGGGCCUAUAUUUAUCGAGAAACGCGUGUCCCCAGGGCCGCUGUGAGCGCAGCAUCUGUCUGCCUCCUGGAAAAAAAAUUUUUUUAGCCCCCCUUUGCCAGGGGAUUCCCUACUUUAAUUUUUAUUUUUAAGCCCCAAGCUAGGACAGCUGGAGAGUACAAACUCCAGGAGAGGGCCAUAUUGUUUUUGAAAGCCUUUUGUCUUUGGGGCUUUUGCGGUUCCGUGCAAGCGUUCCCGCACUCCCGUCCCGCCUGCUCCAGCCUCUCCCGGUGUCGCUGGUGCCACCUGUGCGCUGCGGCGCGGGCCACGGCUCCUCGGAGCCCCUUUUGUCCUGCAGUGAGCCCUGUAAGAAGUCCUGGCGGGGCUCGGGGUGGUGGGGGGUGGGGAGAUGAACGCUGCGGCCAGCAGCUACCCCAUGGCCUCCUUGUACGUGGGCGACCUGCACUCGGACGUCACCGAAGCCAUGCUAUACGAAAAGUUCAGUCCUGCGGGGCCUGUGCUGUCCAUCCGGGUCUGCCGCGAUAUGAUCACCCGCCGCUCUCUGGGUUAUGCCUACGUCAACUUCCAGCAGCCAGCUGACGCUGAGAGAGCCUUGGACACCAUGAACUUUGAUGUGAUUAAGGGAAAGCCGAUCCGGAUCAUGUGGUCUCAGAGGGAUCCCUCUUUGAGAAAGUCUGGUGUGGGGAAUGUCUUCAUCAAGAACCUGGACAAAUCUAUAGACAACAAGGCACUUUAUGAUACCUUUUCAGCCUUUGGAAACAUCCUGUCCUGUAAGGUGGUUUGUGAUGAGAAUGGCUCUAAGGGUUAUGCCUUUGUCCACUUCGAGACCCAAGAGGCUGCCGACAAGGCCAUCGAGAAGAUGAAUGGCAUGCUCCUCAAUGACCGCAAAGUGUUUGUGGGCAGAUUCAAGUCUCGCAAGGAGCGUGAAGCUGAGCUUGGAGCCAAGGCCAAGGAAUUCACCAAUGUUUAUAUCAAAAACUUUGGGGAAGAAGUGGAUGAUGAUAACCUGAAAGAACUAUUCAGUCAGUUUGGUAAAACCCUAAGUGUCAAAGUGAUGAGAGAUCCCAGUGGGAAAUCCAAAGGCUUUGGCUUUGUAAGUUACGAAAAGCACGAGGAUGCCAAUAAGGCUGUGGAAGAAAUGAAUGGAAAGGAAAUGAGUGGGAAAGCCAUAUUUGUAGGCCGUGCACAGAAAAAAGUAGAACGUCAGGCUGAAUUAAAACGGAAAUUUGAGCAGCUGAAGCAGGAGCGAAUUAGUCGGUACCAGGGAGUGAAUCUCUACAUUAAGAACUUGGAUGACACCAUUGACGAUGAGAAAUUACGGAAAGAGUUUUCUCCUUUUGGAUCGAUCACCAGCGCUAAGGUGAUGCUGGAAGAUGGAAGAAGCAAAGGGUUUGGCUUUGUCUGCUUCUCAUCUCCUGAAGAGGCGACCAAAGCAGUCACUGAGAUGAACGGACGAAUUGUGGGCUCCAAGCCGCUGUAUGUUGCCCUGGCGCAGAGGAAGGAAGAGCGAAAGGCUCACCUGACCAACCAGUAUAUGCAGCGUGUGGCUGGCAUGAGAGCGCUCCCUGCUAAUGCCAUCUUAAAUCAGUUCCAGCCUGCGGCGGGUGGCUACUUUGUGCCAGCAGUUCCGCAGGCUCAGGGAAGACCUCCGUAUUACACACCUAACCAACUAGCGCAGAUGAGGCCUAACCCACGCUGGCAGCAAGGCGGGAGACCUCAAGGCUUCCAAGGAAUGCCAAGUGCUAUACGGCAGUCUGGGCCUCGUCCGGCUCUUCGCCAUCUGGCUCCAACUGGUAAUGCUCCGGCCUCUCGUGGCCUUCCUACUACCACUCAGAGAGUCGGGUCUGAGUGCCCGGACCGCUUGGCUAUGGACUUUGGUGGGGCUGGUGCCGCCCAGCAAGGGCUGACUGACAGCUGCCAGUCUGGAGGCGUCCCUGCAGCCGUGCCAAGCCUUGCACCUCGUGCCGCAGUCGCUGCCGCCGCUCCCAGGGCUGUGGCUCCAUACAAGUAUGCCUCCAGUGUCCGCAGCCCUCACCCUGCCAUUCAGCCGCUGCAGACACCUCAGCCUGCGGUCCAUGUCCAGGGCCAGGAGCCGUUGACUGCCUCGAUGCUGGCUGCAGCGCCCCCCCAGGAACAGAAGCAGAUGCUGGGGGAGCGUUUGUUCCCACUUAUCCAGACAAUGCAUUCAAACCUGGCCGGCAAGAUCACAGGGAUGCUGCUGGAAAUCGACAACUCCGAGCUGCUCCACAUGCUGGAGUCCCCCGAGUCUCUCCGUUCCAAGGUGGAUGAAGCUGUGGCAGUCCUGCAGGCUCAUCAUGCCAAGAAAGAAGCCGCCCAGAAGGUGGGCACUGCUGUUGCUGCUGCUGCUGCUACCUCUUAGACAAGGAAAAAGAGUCAAAAGCCAAAUAACCCCUCAUGGCAUUCAGCGGAGGUCUGAAGACUCCCUAGUUCGUCUGCGGACCUCCACACCAAGAACCACAAGUUGCAAAUUCAAUAGGUCAUUUUGUAUCAAGAGGUCAAUUAUGAAGCACCUAGAAUUUUUCAAUUAAGAGAAUAUAUUCUCUGGGUUCUGCUAUGGCCCGGGAGGUAACUUUUUUUUUUUCUAUUUGUGGGUUUUGAUUUUUUUCCCCCUCCCAGAAAUUGGAUUUAAUGUACCCAAGACUUUUAAGUUUCUCAAUAAAGAAAAAAAAUCUCUAUAAAACUA